GUUAAUGUUGGCCAUUCUGAAGCGCUUGUCAACGGGUUUCACUUUAUUUAGCUGAUUGAAUCUUUUAUCGUUACACUUCACCAAAGACAGGCCAAUUCGGGAGUAGUUUGCGCCUUUACCAACUGUAUUGAGCUAACGUGAAAUUAGCCUUUGCUUGAGAACCCGUUGAGAGCCAAGUAGCUAACAUCUAAGACUAACGUCUUCUAACUUCAUGGAAAUGUUAACUAAACCAUAUAAAACAUUAACGAUCGUAUGCUGACGCUUUGGUUGUUCCAGUUGUUGGAUCGGGGCAAACACCGUUUUCACAAGUUGAGAAGUGGACCGUGAACACUGCAAUGCCUCUUCUGUUUUUGGAGAGGUUUCCUUGGCCCAGCCUGCAGACCUAUACAGCACUGAGUGUGGCUUUGCUUGCUGGCAGCAUCUUCAGUGCCUACACCACUGUGAUUGACCCGGGGUUUGCGGCCUUGGAAACCGAUGAAACACCAGCUCCCUCUGAAACGGAUCUCGAACAUCUAAAUGAUAGUAACACAGAACUGGCGACCCGUGUCUUGCGGUAUCUCGUCGCUGACAGUCUCUUUGUAUGGGUCUUAGUCAACACCUUCUGCUGCUCCUUGAUGUUAAUUGCAAAAAUGAUUCAGUAUGUGGUGUUUGGUCCGCUUAGAGUCAGUGAGAAGCAGCACCUGAAAGAUAAAUUCUGGAACUUCAUCUUCUACAAGUUCAUUUUCAUCUUUGGUGUAUUGAACGUGCAGACCGUGGAUGAGGUGGUCAUGUGGUGUUUGUGGUUCUCUGCCCUGGUCUUUCUUCAUCUCAUGGUGCAGCUCUGUAAAGACAGAUUUGAAUAUCUGUCUUUCUCUCCUUCCACUCCCAUGAACAGCCAUGUGCGUGUGCUUUGUCUGCUGGUCUCCCUGCUGCUGGACUGCUGUGGCCUGGCUGUGGUCUGCGGUCUGCUGGGAGCUUCCAAUGGCAUGCACACCCUCUCCUUUAUGGCAGCAGAGUGUCUGCUGGUGACUGUACGCACUGGGCAUGUCAUCAUGCGUUACUCAAUUCAUCUGUGGGAUCUGAACCAUCCAGGGACCUGGGAGAGUAAGGGAACAUAUGUCUACUACACAGACUUCAUCAUGGAGUUGGCUAUGCUCUUUCUCGACCUCAUGCACCAUAUCCAUAUGCUGCUUUUUGGCAACAUCUGGCUGUCCAUGGCAAGCUUGGUUAUCUUUAUGCAGCUACGGUAUCUCUUCCAUGAAGUCCAGCGCCGCAUCCGCAGGCACAAGAACUAUCUUCGUGUCAUCAAUAACAUGGAGGCCAGAUUUGCUGUUGCUACUGCAGAGGAGCUGGCAGCUAAUGAUGAUGACUGUGCCAUCUGCUGGGACACCAUGUUGACAGCACGCAAGCUACCUUGCGGCCAUCUCUUCCACAACUCUUGUUUGCGCUCGUGGCUUGAGCAGGACACAUCUUGUCCAACGUGUCGGACAUCCCUGAACAUUAAUGGGGACGGGGGCCAGGCGAGAGGCCAGCAGCCGGCCGGUGGUAUGGAAGACAACAUUGGCCCAGUAGGAGCUGCUGCAGAUGCUAGACCACAUAUCAACCAACACAAUCAUUUCUUCCACUUUGAUGGUUCUCGCAUUGCCAGCUGGCUGCCCAGUUUCUCAGUGGAAGUAAUGCACACCACCAAUAUCUUGGGCAUCGCUCAGGCCAACAACUCCCAGCUCAUGGCCAUGGCCCAUCAGAUCCAGGAGAUGUUCCCUCAGGUGCCCUCCUACCUGGUGAUGCAGGACCUGCAGUUGACCCGCUCUGUGGAGGUCACCACUGACAACAUCCUGGAGGGACGCAUACAGGUGCCUUUCCCAACACAGGCCAUAGAGCGUGCCCCUACACAGGUGAGCUCUGCACCAGACGAGCUGGACGGCCCCAGUGGAGCAGCUGAACAGGGCCUCAGUGAGUCAGACAGCAUGGAGGUCAGGGGAGGUCGCUUCUCUAAGUCGGCCGAGGAGAGGCAGAAGAUGUUAAAGCAGAGGAAAGAAGAGUUGCUCCAGCAGGCUCGCAGGAGAUAUCUAAACAAGAGUCCAGAGGACCAGGAUGAGGAUUUGCCUGGACUGGAGGAGGACAUUCUUCCAGAAUUGAACUUGACGGUGCUGAGACGUAGAACCAUGGCGGCAGCUGCAGAGAGACGCAUGCAAAAUCAACAGGACCCGGCACCCUGAUACAGAGACUGGUUUCAGCAAAAGAGUCUACCACGUUGUCAUCCCACGAGGCACUGACAGCUAUUUCAAACCCCCCCACAUUUGGUGUACAGUCAAUGGUCAUCACCUAUUCAAAACAAUUAUUAAAAACACAUUGCAAACAUGGCCUUUGGACUGUUUUGGCUGCCUAAAUAAGGUGGGACUAUUGUGAAUGGCCUCUGCCUCACUGAUACCAGAGUAUUUGGAGCAUUAUAUAAAUUAAUGGGUGCAAGUCAAGAAAUGCAAGGUUGUAUUGCCCUUUAAUCAUGUGCCACACAUUGCAACCACCAGCUUCAGUAGGGAGUCAGUAUCUGCCAUGAUUGGGACUGGCAAAUGAGCAUGUUUUGCAUUCAGAAGAGUCUUUUAUGAGAGAGGGUUUGUAGGUAGCAUCACUAGAUAAAUCUGUUUGGAUCCUUAUGUGUUUUCCUUUUUGUCAUUAUUUUUUCUCAUUUGAUUUGGUGGCAGAAAGCAACAGUCUAGAUGAAGAAAUUCAUCUUAUAUGUUAUUAUUUUACUGUGAAUUAAGUGUAGGAAAAAUAAGUCUUUAUUUCUUACCUUGGAGUAAGAGAAUGUCACUUUAGUAUUGUUCAGGCUUUCCGUCAAAUAUGAAUGUUUCUAUCAAAAUAAUGCUGCAAACAGUGUUUUUGACCCGCAUGGGUUCUGUAUUUAGUGUGUAAUAUCACCCAUUGCAAACAGUUUGCAUUUUGUUAUUUAACAAGGGGGGCAGUGGGCAUGUACAUUUUCAUUUUCUAAUACCUUUCCCUUAAGACGCAUACUUAACAAAGGGGAUGUAUUAUUUUUUUGUACAAGUAUGUUGGGUGUCAUCCUGAAAUUACCUUCUGAUAAUGAGCAGUUCUCUCUGAAUAAGAUGAACUGCCGAACUAAUGGGUCAUCCUUGGUCAUCUGAUUUUUAGGUUGUGUAUAAAUUGUUUUAAGUAUGUUACAGCUGGACUUGCUGUUGUCUUUUGAAGACAUUUUGCCACUCAGUCAAAAGGCUUGGGCAGCGAAUUUGAGCAGCAGCAAAAUCUUUUCUCAAGACAUAACAGCAAAUCCAGUUGCCUUUGAAAUAAUACUUCUAUGACCUGAAUGACUGAGAAUCUUUUAUGAAGACAUUUUUUGGGUGAUUUAUUUGUGCUGCCUUUUGUCUAUUCACUUUGAGGAGAGCCAAUUCAAAAAUUAUACCAGCGAGGAACAUUAUCAUCCUCUGCUCAGAGAUCUUAUUUUAACAAUGUACAGCAAUGUACAACAUGGACUGGACAUUUUCGGUAUUAUAAAAUUUCACUAAAUCUGUACCUGGUUGAGACAUACUGAUGGACACCAAGAUGGAGACUGUCUGUAUUAUUAGUGUUGGAUUUUCUUGUGAUUACAGUGCAAGAGCAGUUUGGGGUGAGAUAUGCAUGAAUCUAGACAAGUGCUUUUGUUUCCUUCCAUUUUAUCCCAAAGAAAAUCCCACAAACAUCUACUAAAAGCGUUGAAGUGU